AUGUUUGCAACCGAUUGGGCAAUCAUCGUUCGAGAGAGGUUUGGUAAACAAUCGGUGGAUUUAUUGCUGGGCAACGUCUCGCUUUUGACUCAGAAAGCUUCGUCAGGCCAAGCCGAUACAAUAGAGAACCUUGUGCCAGAAUUCCACCAGAGGGUUCCAGAUUGUUCACAUCAUUGUCCCAUCGUGAACCAUACUGCCUAUCCAACUUACAACUUGUCCAACUACUUAAGCAUUUUGGUGAACACGUGUUAUCAGUUGGUGAUAAGUCACGUGACUGACUGGCGUCUUUCUGAACUUUCCUGGAUACUCAUUGACUAUCACUCAAAUGUAAACGAAUGCUACAAAGCGAUUCCACAAAUUCUACGCGUGGCUGAGUUGUCAGAAAACCACAUACUACUCGCUUGCUUCAUCAGUAGCAUCCACUGUUACACCAGCUAUCCGAGCAUGACCGUCGGGGCGAACUCGUUCACCUGUUCGGACGUAAACAUUCAGGUGCAUCCAGCGCGCGCGGGCGCAGUGUUGGCAACAAGCUCGCAUAGAAUUUCAGAUGACCGGAUUUCAAACCUCGUCACAGCCAGGGAUGGCCUCAAAUAA